AUGGAGUAUCAUCGACCGUUUUCGUACACAAAACAUAGUCAACACAGUCUCCCAAUGAUCCAGCAGAAAACGAUGGAUCCGAAAUUUAUUGUCGUUCUAUUUUGCGUCGAAGCUGGUGCGUUAUUUUUCAAUAGUCUUCAUGUUCGUGCACCUGAAAUUUAUCUUUACAAUGCUUAUAACCAACUUCCGUUCACAUACAAUAUUUCCUCUCAAACCUACUCGUGUUUUGCCAAAGUCAAUCAUUGUAUAUACGAACAUAAACAACUACGUUUUUUGAAAACGAUUCACAUUGUAUUCAUCUCAAUUAUUGUUUUAUGCUACUUAUCUCUGUUCGUUAUUAUUCUACGUAAAUGGGAAAAUAGCAAAGUUCGAAAAGAUCUCGGCAUCACAUGGUAUGGUGCUAUACAAUUACUCGUUCUGUUAACAUUGGCAUUACAUACACUUUUGAUGGUUAUCUUGUAUGAAAGAGAUUAUUUAAAUAUUUAUCAGUGUAGUCGUGAGAGUCGAUUAGUACGUGCGGAAAAUCUUUUUACUUAUGUCGUACUUAGCAUGCUUGAAGUUGCGUAUAUUGGCUUUGACAUUUUGAAUCGUCAAGCGUCUAUUCAUGCAUUGCAUCAAAAUUUCGAAUAUCGUGCACGUGCAGCUGAACAUUUAACGCCUUCGGAUGACUUUCAUGUAGGCAAUCCGAAUCAGCGACGAUAUUGUACACCAAGCGAAAGUUUUGAAACAAUCAAUCAAGAUUUUCAAUUAGAAAACAUCGAAAUUUAG